AUGGCGGACCAGAUCCAGGAGCUCCUCGACGUUCCACGCGAGUUCCUCAAGGAUGGUAUCCAGUUCAUCAACCGCGCUCAGAAGCCUGAUCGCCGCGAGUUCAUCAAGAUCUCCCAGGCCGUUGGUGUCGGCUUUCUGAUCAUGGGCGCUGUUGGUUACUUUGUCAAGCUCAUCCAUGUCCCUUUGAACAACAUCCUCGUCGGCGGCGCGUAA